AUGUCACAGGCAGACUUACCAGAAUGGGCACGGUCCUGGCUCUCUGGUGUUUUACCCACCCAAAGGACGGAACAAAAUCCAAAUGGAAGUCCAUCUCCAUCUCAGAGUUCUUUUCUUCGUCCGCCAAAUGACUCCCCGAGUUUAAUAUGGUCACCUUCAUCUGUUUCAGACUCAAAGGGCACGGGGAUUCUCACAAAGUGCUCAGAGAAACGGCUUGUUGUCACACUGGGCCGUGAGCGGACUGUCAAUAGAUAUCUGAGGGGCAUCCAUCUAUUUAUGAUCACAGUCAAUGCAACUCUCGGUACAGGUCUCUACUGGCGUGGUGGUCAGAUUCUUGAACUCGGUGGACCGUUGGCAGUGCUUCUAUCUUUCAUCUUCAUCGGAAUACUAACGUGGGCCGUCAUGCAAUGUAUCACUGAAAUGCUGUGCAUUUGGCCGAUACCUGGUGCAUUGUCAGUAUAUGUUAGCCAGUUUGUCGACGAAGAACUGGGAAUCGCGGUCGGCAUUCACGAGGAGAAAGCUACUGACAACUAUCACAGGUUUGUCUAUUCGAUGUCCUUUUCUACACUGGUGGCAACAUCGGCCGCGGAGUUCAACUUUUGGGAUUACAUCCGCGACAGGCCGGUUAUACAGGGCCUAAUUAUAUAUCUACUGAUCCCAUUGAUACUAGUCUGCAUUAAUGCCAUAAGAAUUGAGAUAUAUGGUUGGUUGGAAGUGGCAACAGGCAGCAUCAAAAUUGUAUUGCUUGGUGUCAUCAUCGUGAUACUGAUUGCAAUUAAUCUUGGAGAUUGGGAAUCGCCUACCGAAUUUGAUACACGGGCGGCCAAUAACUGGGGCGCUGCUUUACUUAUGAGCAUUUCGAUAGCAACCUUUGCCUACACCGGAGUUGAAGUUGUUGCUGCCUCUGCCCUAGAGGCAAAAUGGCCACAUCGCACAGACGAACAGUCAACAACCCCAGGAAGGUCUCUGCGGUCUAACGGUGCCCAUAUCGGGAAAUCAUUCAAGUUUUCUGCUAUAUUUAUUCCUGUGCUUGCAAUGAUCGGAUAUACCAUUAGUGGGCUGCUCGCAACGUUGAAUAUAGAGCGAAAUGAUUGCGCUCUCCCUCGGCUCAGUUGGCUUUCAAUAGAUGUGGAGGCCGGGUGCAAAAUGCCUUCAAAGAGUGCUGCAUUCGUUGCAAUUGCGGCAAUGUCCAAUAUUCCGCACUUGGCAGACGUGUUCAAUGCUUUCCUCGUGUUCACGUGUCUCUCUUGUGCGGGUACUAAUCUGUACAUCGCCUCUCGGACCUUGUUUGGCAUAACAAGCCGGUUGGAUGGAGGCGAAGGUCAGAGAUGGUAUCUGCGUGUCUUUGCUUGGUUUGGCAAAACGGAUAGACGACAGGUUCCCCGGCGAGCCAUGAUAUUCUCCGCAGUUGCGUUCUGGUGGGUGCCAUUCCUGCAGCUGAUCCGCGGGAAUAGCGACGCUCAAUCCUCUGCGAAUAACACGAAUGAAACUCGCGCCUCCGUGGAUACGUUUGUGGAGGUACUGAGCCAGAUGGCAUACUCGGCGGUUUUAAUCGUCUGGGGGUGCGAGUGUCUGGCAUUCAUUCGCUUCUAUCAAUGUAUUUCUCAGCAUCGUGAUUAUCUCGAACGCGAAAAUGUCCCCCACGUCCAGCGCUGGAGCGAGCAGGAUCCUGAUGACUACCCAUACCGCAGCCAUAGCCAGCCAUUGACGGCAUAUCUAGCCUUGUUGGGCUGUAUCUUUGUCUCACUAGUCGCAAACGGUGCUGCGUUGUGGAAUGGGUUCCAUCUUUUGCCAUUCUUAGCAUCGUACCUGACGGUUAUUGUCUUCGUCGGUCUAUGGGUACUAUUGAAGAUUAUGCGGGGCGCGAAUUGGUCUUUGGUUGAUCUCUCACAAUCUGACAAAGUCGCUAGGAUAUUCAGACAUCUACAUGAUAUCCGCCUGAGUGUAACACAGUCCUAG